UUUUGAGGAGCCCCAUCUAGUGACAUGACAGAGAAGUUUGGGGAUAUUUUACAGUUCUGUAGUCAUGUGUCAAAAACUGAUGGUGACUGAAAUCAGACGCCGAGCAUACCAAUCAGUCUACAGAAGAGGUUGACUGUAAAACCCCUCACCUAGUCACAUGUGUGGAGGCGAGCUGUGCAAUAGUGAAGCUACUGGAGAUAGAGUCGUGUGAGGAGAGCAGUAAUGGCUGGAUGUUGCUGAGUGCCAUCAACCUGCUGUCCACUGGCACCCCAGCCCUGAUAGACUGUAUGACCGCUGCAUCUCUCCCAUCCACUCUUGUCAAAUGCCUCUACCUCUUCUUUGACCUGCCAGAUGUGGAGAAUCCGGACUCCCUGGAAACAGAAUGCCAGUUUACACCCAGGGAAAGGCGUAUUCUGCUUCAAAAAGUCUUUGUUCAGGUGUUGGUGCGGCUGUGUAGCCAUUCUUCUCCGGCUGAAGAGCUGGCCAGGAAGGAUGACCUAAGCCUCCUGUUCAGUGCCAUCACAAGCUGGUGUCCUCAGCACAACACGCCCUGGAGGAAGAGCGCUGCAGAGGUGUUAGCCACUCUGUCCAGACACGGUCUCACCCCCAAUGUCACGAAGUACAUACAUGACAAAGGCUGUGUCCGUCACUGUAUCGAGAACAUGCAGAGAGUUCAGGAGCUGUCUCCCCUGGAGUUGGUGGAGAUGUUUGUGACAGUGUUCUGUUUCCUGAAGGAUUCCAGCGAGGUUUCCCAGACAUUGCUUGAUGACUUCAGGUCAUGCCAAGGAUAUAUCUUCCUCUCAGAGUUCCUGCUAAAACUGGAGCAGGAUGAUUCUGAAGAGGCCAAGCAGGCGUUGAGGAACCUGGUGUUGUUUGCUGGCAGUCUGACCACAUGUGGCUUCAUAGAGCUGAAGCCCAGUCAAGCCAGCACUGGGUCACUGUUCCACAUUCCCGGCUUCAUAAUCUCCCAACCCACAGGCAAAGGUGUCAGUGUGAGAAAUAUCCAAGCAUUUCAGGUGUUACAGUCAGUUUUCCUGAAGGCAGGGACCACAAACUUGUGCAGUAUAAUCCUGGACGUGAUAAACAGCAUUUACCAUCAGGACAGGGCUAACUACUUCAUCCUCGAGCCUCAGCACACUCUGUCUCAAUUUGCAGAAAAAAUACACCUUAAACCAGCAGAGGUUCAGCAAAAGUUCUUUGAGUUGUUGGAGUUUGUGGUAUUUGAGCUGAACUUUGUGCCUUGUAAAGAACUCAUCAGUCUCAGCAUCCUAAUCAAGUCUCAACAUCAGAUUCAGUGCAGCAUCCUCUGCAUGAAGAGUCUGAUGAGGAUUAUGCGUCAUCACAGCACGUUUAAGGACGCGUACAGGGAAGUGGGCAUGCUGGAGGUGAUGGUCACCUGUCUGCACAGGUAUGCAGCCCUCCUCAAGGAGCCCCAGAAUGGUGAAGAGAAACCAUCAAUGGGAGAGGAGGAGAGAGAGAUGGGAUUCCUAGUCAUGGACAGCCUGGCCAUUCUGCUUAGUGGCAAUAGUGCUAAUGCUAAUGUGUUCAGAGAGUGUGGUGGAGCCAGGUGUGCUCACAAUAUGGUACCUUACUCAGAGUGCCGACAGCAGGCACUCAACAUAGUGCAGCAGUUAGUGCUUUCUCCAGGAGGUGACGAUGACAUGGGCACCUUGCUGGGACUAAUGCACACAGCUCCUGUGGAAGCACUAGAACUGAAAACUCAUAUACUCAAGUCUUUACUAAAUGUGUUACGCGAGAGCCACAGAACAAGAACUGUGUUCAGGAAGGUGCAGGGGUUUGUCUACGUCAUGUCUGUGCUGGUCUCCAUGGAAGGCUGUCUGGCUGACCCACCCAAAUCACCAUGGAAUAACAUUCCUAGAAAAGAUAUCCUGGCUAUGUUGAAGACUGUGUUCAGCACUGUAGCAGUGGCCAUGCGUUAUGAGCCAGCAAAUGCUAAAUUCUUUGCAACAGAGGUGAGGUAUGAUAGCCUGACUGAGGCAGUGCGGCUGCUAGGCUGCUUUUCCCAGACAGUGGACAUCCAGCCAUGUGUGGAGGAGGUGCAGACUGUGGAAGAGGAGGGACAGGUGUUUGAAAAGGUGUUCUGUGAUCCUCAAAACCACACGCCAGACAAAGAUGUUCCUGUAACCAUGGUAUCUGCAUGUCUAAUGAUACGUUACCUUUAUGACAUGGCCCUGGAUUCCUUUGACAGAGGUCACCCUGCUGGACAGCAGAUCAACCCUCCUCCACUGAGUACAAGUUCCCCGUCACUCAAACGUUUCUCGUCGCCACGGGAGACAAACUCCUCCUCCUCCUCUCCCCAGCACUCUCCCCAGAUCAGCAAACGGGCCAGUACAGGCAGCAUUACCCUCAGCCUCAACCAAAGUCCUGGUGAUCUCAUUAUUGUCCAUGCUGGAGCUGUCAUGUCCAUGUUUCACCUCCUACCUGCCAUACAGAUGGACACCAACACUCAGCAGGUAGUGUUGUCUCUCCAGCUACACACAGCUGAGGUUCUCAAGUCGUUGUUACGGUCAGAACGGAACCAACAGAUGAUGUGUGACGUUGGCUUCCCUCAUGAGUUACUCAGCCACGGCAACGUGGCUCUGGCAGAUGAAUCUCACCCUCUCCACCCUCCUCUACAGUACAUGUUUGAACGUCUCGCUUCACAGUCCCUCACCCCCAGAGACCUGAGAGAUUUUCUUCGUCUUGGUUCUCCCCUGAACUGCCGAUGUGUGGAUGAGUUACAUGAAACUAAGCUGAGUGUUGGUCAGGAUAGCCUGGAGCAAGGGCCAGUCAGUAGGUCAGCCAGCAUGGAAGAGAACAGGACACCUUAUGAGCUGGAGAAGAAAUUGAAGACUGCUGGAGGGCCUGUACCUUUGACAAGAGUAAAAUGUUUAGUGUCCAUGACUACCCCUCGGGAUGCCCGCAUGCACGGCGCUUCUGUGACCCCGGCUUUCGUGGAGUUUGACAUGAGUUCAGAGGGUUUUGGUUGUCUGUACCUACCCAGUAUCGCCCCGCAGGGUCCACCACCCCCAUCUGUUGUCUCAGGUGUAGUCAGCAGUUCAGAUCCAGUUGUUAUAGGUGGCAUUGGGACAGGAGAAAGAAUCUUCCCUCCUCAGCCUGGUUUGACCUACUCCACAUGGUACUGUGUGGACAAGUUUAGCUCUGCUCUAAAUGAUGCCCAUCCAGUCCGCUUACUGACACUGGUGAGAAAUCUCCAAGGGAGGGAGGAGAAUUUGAUCUGCCUCAGUGUGGUAUUGAGCUCCAGAGAAAGGGCACUAUUUGUAUCCACGCAGGAAACUCCCAUGCCAGCAUCAGUGAGUGGUCAGGAGUUGGAACAGGACCCAGAUCUGGGGGACAACACCGUGAGGUUCUGGUGCCCUGAUCUCACACAGGAGGGACAGUGGCAUCACCUUGUACUGCUCUUCCACAGAGCAGGCAUCAUGAAGAACAGCAACGUCAGCCUCUUUGUGGACGGUGUGCAUGUAAAUACUCAAAAGUUACAGUACAUUUCUCCAAACCUAGGCAGUGGAGGAUCUGCCAGCCCUACAGCCUUCACCUCUGUGUUUGCUUACAUUGGAACCCCUCCUCAGCUGCGCUGUCAAUCACGAUUGGUAUGGCGACAGGGGCCAUGCCACCUGGUGGAGGACAUUGUCUCCUCCCACACAGUGCAGACCAUCUAUCAGCUAGGACCUAACUAUGUUGGUAGUUUCCAGGCUCCCAUAACAGAAGACAAGGAGGUGCUGAACUGUGUGGUAGCUGAGGAGAAGGUGGUGUUUGGAGCACAUGCUCAUGCUGUGUCACAGAUGACAGUGGCCAAAAUCAGGAAAGUCUACAACAAAGUGGACAGUAAAUCAAUUGCCAAGCAGCUUGCCAUGUCUGCUCAUGACAACGCUACCCCAAUCCGUAUCCUCCAUAACUCAGCAGGUCACCUGAGUGGACCAGCCCGCAGUCUGGGAGCUAUCCUCAUGGGCUAUAUAGGUGUGAGAACAUUUUGUCCCAAACCGGUGGCAAAGAUGCUGGAGAAUGUAGGUGGGACAUCUGCAUUAUUGGGCCUGAUUGCCAUGGCGACUGACGUGGAGGGUCUUUAUGCGGCAGUGAAGGCUCUGGUCUGUGUGGUUCGCAGUGGCAAGUCUGCUAUGAGGGACAUGGACAGGAUACGGGGGUACCAGACGUUGGGCAUGCUGUACAAGAAGAAGCGUCACCUGUUAAAUGCUCACAUCCUUCACCUGACAUUCUCAUUGGUCGGCACGGUUGACAGUGGACGGGAAAGUUCUGUUAUUCCUAAUAAGGCUGCCUUCAAAGAUCUGCUUUGUGACCUAGAGAUCUGGCAUGAAGCUCCAGGAGACUUGCAGAGGUCUCUGUAUGAACAUUUCUAUGAGCUACUCACAGACUCCAGUGACCAAAAGGCAAACCUGAUGCUGAUGCAUGAGAUUGGCCUGGUGUCCCGACUUCUACACAUACUGAAGGACCCCAACCUAUCCCAGGCCACAAUAGACACUAUAGCUAGCGUACUGACUGUCAUGCUGCAAGGGAACCUGGAUGGGCAUUCCCUGCUCAGACUUGGUCAGUUCUUGGUGUCCACCUUGCUCUGCUCGACAUCCUGCAGUGAGAAGUCCAUCAACAUGAACUGUGUGCAAAAUGAUGAACAGCUAGUCCUUGUGAAGAUAGGCAUAGAUAACUCCCCAGAUGAAGAUGAGGACCGUGCCCCAUCAGUGCAUAACAUCAAACUGAGGAAUACCUGUUUGGAGAUCAUCCUGAAGCUUAUCUUCCCCACCGGUCCGGGAACUGUUAGCCAGCAAGCCUGUGAGGAUAUCCAGAAGAUCCUUGGAUUUGAUUGGCUGCUGCUGUUUAUGCAGAGCCACCUACAUUCCAGUACAGUGAUAAUGGCAUUCCGUAUCUUAGCGGCUUUCCUGAGGAAUCCAGUGUUCAUGCAGCGUUUCCGAGAGGGUAGUGUGGGUGGGGGCUGGCUAAAUGACACAGAAUCUGUUCUCAGUGUUCUCUUAGGGUUUAACCUGGGUAAUGCUGGACACACGAGUAACCGUGAGAUCAAUACAGAGGUGUGUCAUGUACCAGGCUUCACCGCCCUACAGUGGCUCCUCCCGAAACAUGCAAAUGUCCCAGAGCUCUACUUCAUCCUCAUGGCCAUUAUGUUAGGGCAGCAUGUCCACGAUCUCCCCCAAGAUGUUGAGUUGAACCUUGAUGCUGUGUGGACAGUCAUAUUCGGAGUACCAGCCAGUAAACCGGUCUCCAUAGCAACAAGAGAUGACUUCUGCCAAGAUGCAGCUGUUGUUUUACUUGCUAUGAUCAGAUUUAUGUUGAAUCAGGUGUGGCAGACAGAGGAGGAGGGAUCCUGGUUAAGAGAGUACCCGGUCACCCUGAUGCAGUUCCUGCUUUUCCUCUAUCACAAUCAGACAGACUUCGUCCCCAUCUGUCUUAGUGCUGAUUUCCUGGGGGGUCUGGUGGCAACCCUCUUUCCCCUCAAACAGGACACUGUGGACAGUCUAGUCACUACACCCAGUGAGGAGUUCAAACCUUUCCCGGAAGCAGAACCAGCUGUCAUAAUCAAGCCCAUCGAGAGGAGCCCCUCAGGUGUACUAACCAGCCACCCUGCCCGCAAGUUUGUCAUGGACUUUCUCAGGAUGAUUGUCAUGGACAGUCUCUCUGCUAACAACAAAAGUCUGCACACCAUUGACCUUAUCCUAGAGACCACACCAGAGGGAGCUACCAGAAGUCAGCGGAAAGAGUUUCAGACAGAGUUCCUCAAAAGUCUGAUGGACCACCUACUGGCUGCAGAUGUGUUGCUAGGCGACCAGGCAGCAGUCCCACUCAGCAUAGGGGGAAGCUAUUCUAACAUGGUGAACAGUGUGUUCUACCUGGCUAGCAGGAUUGUGGACAAGCUGUGGCAAGGAACCUACACAAGAGAAUCCAAGGAAUUAUUUGACUUCAUCAGCAAGUUGAUCGUUCAAGCCAAAAGGAAAUCAUCUGGUGUGUCCCUGGACCCUAUCUACAAGUGUUUGAACAGAACGAUUCUGUUCCAGCUGUCACGAAAUGUAGAUAGUGUGGCUUCACAAAUGCAUAUCCUAGACGCUCUCCACAAACUCACCUCCAACAGGAACCUGGUGUUUGGCCCGGGAAAUUACGACCCAGACUUUCUUGGCUGUUUAUGCUACUGUCUGCUUCAGUUGACGGAAAAUCCCAAGAAAAGUGCUGCUAACCUGAGUGAGCAGAAACCCCGCUCCACCACCUGGCAUGUGGGUCACGAGCAGACAGCGGAGCCUGUCAAAGAUGAACAGGAGGUGAACAAAGGCAUACAGCUUGUGUCCACUGCUGCCCGACGUGUCUGGGAUGAGCUCUAUGCCUGCAAGAAACCUCAACUUGAGGACAUAUUUCGAGUGUCGUUAAAUAACAUUGACACAUCUCCAGGGGCGAAAAUUACUACACCUGAGUUAAACGAUGUCAGACUGAUAAUCCAGGAAGCUGCCUCCAGGAUCUGGGUGAACUAUGCUGAAGGGGAGAGGAAGGCUGUCUUCAUGCCCACAGAGAAAUUACCCACCCAGAUUCAGUCUAAACUUCAGAAGGUUGGUAGUGGUGUCCUGAGAUUGGCAUCCAGAAAAGUGAAGAAAGACCUGCCCCUGAAAACUUCCCCAGCAUCAAACGUCCACAGCCACGAUUAUAUCUUGUGGAUGAUGACCCAUGUGUCUAUAGUGAAGGAUCUUGUGGACCUCCAGUUCAAGCAAUAUCUCCAGGUAAAUGAGCACUUGCAAAAGUACUUGAUGGAAGAAUGGAAGCAAACAGAGACAGAAUUGUUAAGAGAGAGGGGCUUAUGGGGCUCCCCAGUAGGGUCCUCAUUGCUGAAAUGGAUGCUGGACACCACAGAAGGUCCAUGCCGAAUGAGGAAGAAGAUGAUAGGCAAUGACCUGUUCUACAAACACUACCCUUAUCGACCAGACAUGGAAAAGUUUAUGGUGAAGUACAAAGUGGCUGUGAGUAAUGACAGUAAGAAGUAUUACCAGAGAUUCCGCUCCCAAAGUUUUGUGUGUGAGGAGGACCUGCCUGUGGAGACUGGGGAGAUAAGUGACCUGGAGGUGUUCUCGGAUGCGGACAAUAACAUGGAGGAUAAGAGUGCAGAAAUCACGGCUGACAUACCAAAAUUGCUGGGUCGACACAAGAGCAUCUUAUCCACGGCAGAAACAGACGAUGACGCAGAUGACAGCUUGGGGCUGGACAGCGCCCAGGAGGGUGACCGGACAGACGGCCAGGUAGAGACACACACAGGAGGACAGACAGACAACCAGGCAAUUCUCAGGCUGCUGGGAGAUGGGGAAAAGAUAAGUCACAUGUUCCGGUGUGCCCGUAUCCAGGGCCUGGACACAGCGGAGGGGCUGCUGCUAUUUGGGAAGGAGCACUUCUAUGUGAUAGACGGCUUCACACUGCUCACUUCCAAGGAGAUAAAGGAUAUUGACAGCCUUCGGCCGGAGUUACACGACCCAAUUAUUCCCCGAGCCAGUAAGGGUGGCAGUACCACCCAGAAACGCAUGAGCAGUAAGUUUCCAUAUGAGGAUAUCCGUGAGGUUCACAAACGCCGAUACCUGCUCCAGCCAAUAGCUGUGGAGGUGUUCUCCGCUGACGGCAGGAACUACCUCUUGGCCUUACCCCCGAAAUGUCGGAACAAGGUGUAUGCCAAAUUCCUGACUGUGGCCACAGGUAUAACGGACAACGCCCAGCAGUCUGUGUCAGGUCAGAAACAGAGUGCUAAGGUAGAGCCAGGUACUGGGCUCAUCAGCAGUCUGAUUGGGGAGAAGUCUGUCACACAGAGAUGGGAGAGAGGUGAGAUCAACAACUUCCAGUACCUGAUGCACCUGAACACACUGGCUGGGCGCUCCUACAACGAUCUGAUGCAGUACCCCGUGUUCCCAUGGAUUGUUGCAGAUUAUGAAGCCGACGAGUUGGAUCUGUCAAACCCAGCAACAUUCCGUGACCUCAAUAAACCAAUGGGAGCCCAGACACCAGAGAGAUUAAAACAGUUUAAGAAACGCUUCAGUGACUGGGAUGAUCCUCAGGGUGAGACUCCACCCUAUCACUAUGGCACUCACUACUCAUCAGCAAUGAUUGUGGCCUCAUAUCUGUUGAGGAUGGAACCUUUCACACAACAUUUCCUCAAGUUACAGGGAGGUCAUUUCGACUUGGCUGAUCGGAUGUUUCACAGUGUGAAAGAAAAUUGGCUGUCAGCAUCAAAGCACAACAUGGCAGAUGUGAAGGAACUAAUUCCAGAGUUCUUUUACCUCCCAGAAUUCCUUGUCAACUCUAACAACUUUGAUUUGGGCUGCAAGCAGAGUGGGGUGUACUUGGGAGAUGUUGUUCUGCCAAACUGGGCCAAGGGUGACCCUAAAGAGUUCAUCCGAGCUCACAGAGAGGCCCUGGAGUGUGACUAUGUGAGUGCCCACCUUCACGAGUGGAUUGACCUGAUCUUUGGGUGUAAACAGAGAGGCCCUCAGGCCGUGGAAGCUGUAAAUGUCUUCCACCACCUUUUCUAUGAGGGUAAUGUGGACAUCUACAGCAUAGAUGAUCCCCUGAAGAAAAAUGCCACCAUAGGAUUCAUCAACAAUUUUGGACAGAUACCCAAACAGCUGUUUCGUAAGGCCCACCCACCCAAGAAGUUGAACAGCCGCCUCUUGGACCCAAUGUCUAUGAGCAUACCCUCCUCAUCAUCAUCUCUCGACAAACUAUUUUUUCACCAUGUGGAUAAUCUGAAACCCUCUCUACAACCUGUCAAAGAGCUGAAGAGUGCCGUGGGUCAGAUCAUCUCUACAGAGAGGUCAGUGUUAGCCGUGGAGCAGAACAAGGUCUUGGUGCCGCCCACUUUCAGCAAGUACCUGGCCUGGGGAUUCUCCGAUCUCUCUGUCCGUAUUGGAAACUAUGAGUCCGACAAGGCCAGCUGUGUGUUUGAGUGUCUAGACAAUGGAGAAAUCCUUUGUGCUGCCUCGCCCAACUCUAAACUCUUCAUCACAGGUGGAACAAGCUGUGUUGUGAGCGUGUGGGAGUACCAGCAGAAGGACAAGCGAGUCGUCCUGAAACAGCCACUGUUUGGUCACACAGAGCCUGUUACCUGUUUAUCAGCCUCACCUGCCUAUAACGUGAUCGUCAGCGGGUCUCGGGACAGAACCUGCAUCAUCUGGGACAUGAGUCGGCUGUUGUAUGUACGUCAGUUGAGGGGACAUACGGCACCUGUGGCAGCUGUCUGUAUCAAUGAACUCACUGGUGACAUAGCGACCUGUGCAGGGACCUACCUCCAUGUCUGGGAUAUUAAUGGCACAGAGAUUGCUGUUGUGAAUACGGCAACUUCCCGUAACCAGCAGAUCCUGUGUGUGGCAAUGUCACAGAUGAUGGAGUGGGACAUCCGGAAUGUGAUCUUAACUGGCAGCAGCGAGGGUGUGGUCAGGAUGUGGAGCGUGGAAUACGUGCAAGUGCCUGAUGAGGUGAAGAAGAGGAACAAAGCCAAGGGUGACCAAGUAGACAGUGUGCCCAUCCCCCCUGAGGUGGAGACUGUCCAGACCCAGCCUAUAGACAUCCCUCGCCGCGCCUCUUGUGACAGCUACGACAGCCCUGGGCGCUCUGCCAUUGACAGACUCAAGGACUUCAAGGAUCCUGAUCUGCUGGCCACAAAGAGGGCGGAUCUUCUGGGAUCGUCGGCGGAGAGCGACAGCCAUGUGAGGAGCGGGAAAGACAAGUUCUCUGACCACUGGUAUUUAGCAGAGAGACUGGAGAGCAAUGUUAGCACAACAAGCAGCACCAGCGACCUGUACAGGUGUGAUGAUGGUGCCAGCACCGAUGGUGAUGUCCCGGGGAAACCCGACACGUGUAGCCAAAAAUCUGCUGACAUAUCCAUCGAUGCUGCUGUCGAUGCUCUGAUGGAGCUGGAAGACAGCAGCACACUGGCCAACAACAACAGUAACACAUCUGACUCUGGGAGCCUGAAAGAGACAUCGGGGACACAGCCGACCAAAGACGUGGCAGACGGGGCCUCAGACAAUGGCGGUAGCCAGUCUUCCGCCAAUGCUGAGUCUAAAGUUUCCCCAUCAUCAGAGUAUGUGGUCAUCACAGACAACGAUCUGAAGACAGCCACAGCAGAGGAGCUGCUGAAGAAGUACAAGAAGAAAGGCAACAGUCUCAGAGAAGGUUUCAAAUGGCAGCGUCAGCUAAUGUUUCGCAGUAAGCUGACCAUGCACACAGCCUUUGAGAGGAAGGACAACAAAGAUCCUGCUGCAGUGACAGCCAUUGCUGUGUCAAAAGACCACAAGACUGUGUAUGUUGGUGAUGCAAAGGGUCGUAUAUUCAGCUGGACAGUGACUGACCAGCCAGGGCGGGUGGUGGCUGACCACUGGAUGAAGGACGAGGGAGUGGAUGGGUGUCUCUCAUGUGGAGUGAAGUUCUCCCUCACAGAGAGGAGACAUCACUGCCGUAACUGUGGACAGCUCUUUUGCUCAAAGUGCAGUAGAUUUGAGACAGAAAUUCGGCGAUUAAGGAUCGUGAAGCCAGUACGUGUGUGUCAGUCAUGUUAUAAUGUUCUCAAGGCCCAGCAGACCUCUGAUAGACUGUGUUCGGGUAAAGCCAGCUGAUAAACUGGACCUCUGUCCUUCUAACACCCAGAGAGCUGACCCAUGACUCCCUCAACACCUUAGCUACCUUUACCACUGAUGUAUUGUUUGGUAGACCACUCUGCAGCAUGACAUUUCCUGAUAUGUUUGCUUAGCUUUUAAAAACAAACUCUCCUGCCAUAGGACGUGAGGGAUGAAAAAGGCAGGGGUUAAGUGAAGUCUUCACCGUGUGGAAGAUCUGCAGAACUUGUGACAUAGAAUCGAACCUGUUAUUAUGGGUAAACAGAACUUGCAACUGUGGGUGGGCAGAGCCUAUAAUCAUAGAUAGGCAGAGCCUGUAAGCAUAGAUAGGCAGAGCCUGUAAUCAUAGAUAGGCAGAGCCUGUAAGCAUAGUUGAGGAGAGCUUGUAACCACGAGUCAUCAAACCCUCCAAGCAAGAUUCAGCAGUACUUGUAACCACACCUCAGCAGAACUAUUGACAUUUGAGUCUGUAGAACCAGUAACCACGAGAAAGUAAAGUGUGUAACCAUAGGUGGGUAGAACCUGUAAACACAGGUGGGCAGGAUCUGUUACCAUGGGCGAGGAGAGCUUGUAACCAUGCAUGAGCAAAACCUGCAAGCAUGUGCCAGCGGUACCUGUAUCCACACCUCAGCAGGGCAGUUGUACAAUGGGUGACAAAGUUGGUUGACAAGUAACAUUGCAGACACAAGGAACAAUUUUAAUCCUACUGUCUCAUGUAAUGAGCUUACAAAAAUGUAUACAAUUAUGAAAAUGUGACAUUGAGUCACCAUUCACCUGUUAAUCAAAACAUAUGUCAGAAAGAAUCUGAUAAAGUCUGAUAAUUUCCUUUACCUCAGCAUGUUGUGCUAUUGAAUCUCUGAUUUGCUCUUGCUCACAAAUCAACUCUGCAAGACAGAUUGUUCAUAUACAUAAAAGCCUAAGUAUACUUCGUUUUUUGGUUUGUUUGUGCUGAAAAACAUUCCUUUGUUGUGCAAUUUAUACCUGUGGUUGUGAAAACUGAGGCAUUAUUAUUUGGGAAUCUUCCCUUCAAAGUUACAUACAACAUACUAUCCAUGUAUGUAGGCCAUGAAAAGCCGGUCAUGUAUAUUUAUAUGUCAAAAAUGAUGUGUAGAAUGAAAUUAGUAUUUAAUGGAUUAUAGCUUAGUUUAAGGUACACGUAGUAAUCAAAGAUUACCACAAACUGUACAUGUAGUUCAAGUGUAGUUAAAGAUCAAGAAUUUUAGAUUAAUGCGGUGCCAGUAGCUGUUUGUAGCGGAAAUACUUAGUUUGUGUCAUGUUACACCAAGGUCAUUGUUAACAGCAUGAAAGCUGCUGGCUUUAUGUAUAUAUAUGAGUUAUGUAAAUGUACAUAUUAGAUUGCACAGCAAUGUCAAGCUUAUUAUACAUUGUAUAUAACACAUAGACAUGGAUGUCUAUGCAGUACAGAGGCUAUUGCUGUAACAGAGGAAGACUUGUAAAUGAUAACUGAGUAGGUAUACUCGUAGAAAGGUGCCAGUCAUACAGUAGAUACACAUGUAAUGCAUGUGUACAUUGUUCCUCUGGAUCCGGCGUGAAGCUGUAAGCUUAAAAUUGACUUCUUUUAACUGUUUAGAGGUGUGAAUUUUGAAGGACAAGCAUGUGUUGAUAUUUAUAGAUAGUUUGAAGGACCCAGAUGUACAUGUUGCUACAUUUGAUGGUUUGUUAGCCACAGUUAUUAAAGAAUAAUAAAACCCUUGAUGAAAUAUUCAUGGUAAUUCAUGAAAUUGUGAUACACAUAGAGUUGAAUGAAAUAGAUCUUACUCCAAACAUUAAGUAGAUUUAUAGAAUAACAUAAUGGCCGGAUGUUAAACUUUGAAAAAGGAAUUGUAAGCUUAAUGGUUGACUGAAAUCAAGAUUUGAAUAUGGUUAUAAUAUGGUCAUAGUGUUAACCUACUAUGGGUGUAAGAUGAUAUUGAAUAUUCAUGAAUUGAAAUUGUACAUGUGCAUGUACGUACUGCAGUUAACUUUUUCAUGUGUUUACAUAAGGUUUGGGAAUAGAUUUGAGCAUCAUUGUGUCUGCAGGAGUUAAAAGUGUAAAGGGCUCUCUGACCUUUUUGUGUGUGAGAAGAUUGAGGAUUUGUCAAAUAGACCCCUAAUAGACAAUACUAUUUGCAGAUGGAUACAUAGCUCUCCUGCUGUGACAGAUAGCAUUAUGAACAAAACAAAAGGAGGAUAUUAAUUCAUGUUAUAUCUGGAAAAACCUUAUGAUGUCCAAACUAAACCCUUGUAGCGCAUACUUUAACAUUGUACAUAUUUGUUUGAUUUCUGCUUCAUACUAUAAGUGUUAUGGUUGGUUUGAAUUGUCUUAUCUCCCAGAUGCCAGUAGAUAAUUUGUAAUUCUCCACAGUCAGCUACGUGAAAAUACAAGUCAGGGCCUCUUUCUUAAAAAUUUCAUUCAUCUGUCUUGUUGUAGCAUUGUAUGUGUUGUCAUCCAGGUGACAUUGGAUAAGAUGUUGUCUUUGAUAUAAAUACAAAUUUGUGAAGUUUUGUUUCACAGUUCCCGGCUCAUAUGUGUAUGGCUUUUGUGUAGCCUGCUUGACCAACUGUAUUCUGUACUUACUGAGAUUAUUGUAAAGCUUGGUUGCCUGACAAGCUUCUUUACAGCUGUAUAUUGUACUCAUUAUUAUUAUUAUUAUUAUUAUGUAAAAUUCUUCUGUGCAAAGUGUACAUUAUAAUGUAUUGUAGCAAAGUGGCAUAUAUAUUUAAUAUUGUAUGACUUUUGUUGUUGUGUAGCAUGAAUUUGUUCCACACGCACAUGAACAGUAUUUUAUUUCCAUUGACUUGUCUGCACAGGGUGGGUAAACAUCACAGAAUUCCUUUUAUUUAUCUAUACAUAGUGUAAACAGAGAAGUGUUUCAGAAUUCCAGUGUGUACAUUUAUGUUGAGGUGUGUAUUGUGGCUGGUUGAAAGAAAAGAGUGAUGUUGUUGUUUCUCUGUUUAAACAGAGUGGAAUAAUACUUGUUCAGGAUUUUAGGAAAGCUAAAUUUACUAUGUGAGAUGUGAAUUUUUCUGUAGCCUGUGGCAAAGAUUUUCUAGGCUUAAUAUGUUAAAAAAAGUUGUGUAUUCUCAUAUGUAAAUGAAGCGAUUGGUUGAUUGGUCACAUUUAUUUAUGUAAGUAGAAUUGGAAAUAUUUAAUGGGACACCACAGUUAAAUUUUGCAUUAAAUGCGAAUAUGAGGCAAAGCAUACAAGUCAUUUGUGCAAUGUUAAAGGCUUUCUUAUAUCUGUUAAUUCAUGUAAAAGAUUGAAAGUUUACACCUGUUUUCCCUUCUCUUUAUUUUGUGUUUUUUGGCAUGUAAUGGGUGCAAAAAUUUUUUAGUAGGUGCAGCCUCUGGGUAUUGCUGAACUACAAGUGCAGGAUAAUGCAUCUUGACUCAGAUUCCUUAGAUUUACACAGAUCAUUGUUCAUGUCAAAAUAUUAGAUAGAAUUGUUCUUGAAAGCUUCAUACAACUUAAAUACUUGAGCCUUUUUGUUCUUCCAAAAAUAUUUCCUUUGCUUAGAAUAAAACAUCAGUAAAUAUCAUUUCCGUGGAAGUGAAAUUUGAUAAAAGGCACAUUCUGGCUGGUCAGUCUUGACAUGUUCUUGUGAUAUUGUGCAUAUAAGGCCUAUCCCUUAUUAAGUUUACUAACGUGAUACCACAGCAUGGUGCUCAGUGACGAUAGGAUUUUCUUUAGUUCAGACACUCUCAUCAUACAGCACUAGCAGUUUAGGUUGAUCAAAGUGCUUGGUUUUAAUUGCUUGUUUGAUUUUAGUAUAAAUGUACGUUGCCCAUACCUCUUCUUUUUUUUUCUGCGAGCAGUGCUAAAAAUGCAUAUGCAUUUAGCAUACAUACCAAUGUUCAUAUGUAAGAGAUUUAUGUAGCAUUUAGCCUGUAAUAUUUGUUACCUGUUUUUGUUUAUGAUUCAGUGGUAGGAUAGAAAACAUAAAACCACAAUAACGCAUAAUAAAUUCUUAGAGAGAAUGAAUAACAAUGUGGUGAAUUUAGUUGAUGUCUUUGUACAAUGAGGAGUGCAUACAGUGUACUUGGUAAUUGAUGUGCCCACCACAACAAAAUACUUGAGCAGAAAAUUGACUCUUUGAUGGAAUGUAGCUGUUAUUAUCCAUGAUGGACAAGAAGAUAGACAUUCAACAACUCUACAAUGUAUUGUGAGUUUAUCAAAAUUUAAACAUUGUACAAUUUAUAAAUCUUGAAAGCUGUGAAGAAAAAUUAGGUGUGUACUUUAGUUGUACCUGUGUCAAGAGUCAUUCCAUUUGUGGUGUAGUACAUGUAUAUUUUGAAAUGAUGUGAUGUGGCGACACACAAGAUUAAAAACAAUAUUGGCUCAAAGGUUAAGCAUAAACUGUAAUGCAAGCAGUGGAUCAGGUGAUGAUGCAUGUUUAACUCGCUACAUUGACGUUUGAUGAAAAGUUAUCAUUGGUAAAUGAAGAAAGAAAUUUGCUUGGAAUUUUGUGUAGAAGUGGAACAGUUGAAUAGAGUGUGUGUGUUCAUUUCAUUAAGAGGGCUUGUUAGAUUUUGUUGAAUGAUCAAAUUGUGGAACAGGAAUGUAAGAGUAGGCUGGAGUAAUAUAAUGGAUUAAUAUAAUGUCCACGCUUGGGGAAAUUCAAGUCGGAGAUGGAUUUAGCCAGUCAUGUAGGCCUACCUGUAUUUAGUCUUAAUAACUAAGUUUGUACAUAUUACUAAAGUUGCAACUUUUAGUGUAGUAUACAUGUACUUGUGUAAACUAAUGAGAUAAUUCCUGCUUGUUAGAUUUUAUACAAAGCUGUGAUGUAAGGCUUACAUUUACAAAAGAACCAGUUGAUAUGCUGCUACUUGUUCAAACCAUUUCUGUGAUCAUUCUGUUUACGAUGUGUUGUCUGGUUUCUGUGAGAUGUCAGGAUGUUGUUGUUGUUGUAGAUUUUGUACCUUGUUUUGGGCCAAACUUCACCCUGCUAUGGAAUGUCUUUACAGGUGUAGGAAACAGAGAAAUCUGUGGCAAUUCCAAAUAAACCAUUAAAUAUAA